ACCGUCAAUUUCGAACCGGGCGGGAUCGAGAAGAUUCCAGAACCAGAAGCACAUCCGCCUCAAACACGACAAACCCCCCCUACCCUGUUCAUCUUCGAGAGAUUCCUCCCAAUCCCGAGCAGAAUCCCCCGCCCCGGCGAAUCCGCGCGGCGCUCGAGUGAAUUUGACUAGCUAGUAGCCACGCAUGAAGCCAGAUGGUGAAACUCAGCUUCGUCCUACAGCUGCUGGACAUCCAGAUCCUGGUUUGGGCACAUCAUCUGCAGAAUACGUGGCCUCUCUAGGACCAGCUACAGCUCCAGUAUCUUAUCCAUAUAUCAGUACCUAUUAUGGAGGCACUUAUGGUGCUUAUAGUGGACAACCUCUGGUUAACGCUGCUUUAAUGGCAAUGCCUCCGCAUUCUGUGCCCUUGGUGACCGAUGCUGUUGUAGAGCCCAUAUAUGUCAAUGCAAGGCAGUAUCAUGGUAUAUUAAGGCGGCGCCAAUCUCGUGCAAAAGCUGAAUCAGAAAAUAAGGCCAACAAAAUCCGCAAGCCUUACCUACAUGAGUCCCGCCAUCUGCAUGCUUUGAAAAGGGCAAGGGGGUCCGGUGGUCGAUUUCUCAACUCUAAGGCUGUGGAGGGGAAGCAAGACACUAAAUCUGUAGAUAAAAAGGAUGGAGCUGUGCCAUCUGAGGAGAAGAGAGACAAGAAGUUGGCAAAUAGCAUUAUCAAAUUGGAGAACUCGAGCCCAACAACACAACCAGGUGCAGAUGCGUCCGAUGUUGUAUGAUGCAAAUUUAGCCAAUCCCUCCCUAAUCCAACCAAAUUGCCAGAAUCGAUCGAAUUGUGUGCUUGCUUUCUGUUCGUGACAGUUUAAGUCUGUACAUAGCUGUUAGUUUUGAUGAUUGGAUAAAUCCAUGAUAGUAUAGUGAACAUGUUGUGGGAGCAGUUCAGUGCUAGGGUUUGUUGCUGAGUGUAGAUUAUGAACCUUGUGUCACUGUUGUGUUUUGCUUCUGUUAAUGAAUGGUAGCUUACAAUGGGAACUUUUGUGAA